AUGAGCACCCCUGCCCCAGAAGAGGAAGUUGAAGAUGCCAUCAGAGGAGGAGGUUUUCCACCACCAGUGCCUAUAUUAGCUCUUCUGGAGGGCAAAGAAGGAACCGAUGAGCUCACUCUGGACCAGAGGCGAGCCAGCCUCUCGGCAGCAGAGGAUCCCUGCAGAGGAUCCCAAGACAGCAGGUGGCUCUCCCGGAGCCUCCACCCGCAGCUACCUUUGCAAUCCUCCUGGCCACCGUCGCCAUCUGCGCUCCUGCCUCUGCCUCCCCAUUUUCAGCUAAAGGAGGAUAAGAGUCUAUCCAAGAUAACGUACGCAGCCCAAUACCCCGUGUGCAAUAGCAAUGAAUACGGGGGUCUCCUGGUUUUCUCCUCGGACACCACACCCUGCUGCUUUGCCUACAUCUCCCGCCGACUGCCCUUCACCCACAUCCAGCAGUAUUUCUACACCAGCAGCAAGUGCUCCAUGCCAGCCGUCGUGAGAAGCACCCAGAGGCACCGCCAGGUGUGUGCCAACCCACAGAAGAAAUGGGUGCGGGACCACAUCAGCUCUUUGGAGAUGAGUUAGGAUGGAGGGUGUCUUGAACCUGAACUCAUGCAAACUUCCCUAGUGCUUCUUGUUCUUGUCCUAACCAGCUUGGGAGACUCCCCACAAACCCCUGCUCCCGCUCCCUCCUGGGAGGGCACAGAUUCCACCAGCCAGCAGCAGCUAUAAAAGCCUCCUCCGCCUAAAGCUCCCAAGGCUCCUGAGGCUCUGCCUUGUGCACACAGUCUCUCGGCUCUGAGCUUCAUUUAGGCCCCUUGGCUUCUUGGCCCCGGCUCUGCAAUCAGAAAGGAAGUCGGCUUGCCUCUGGAGGCGAAGAAGGGAGGAAGACUGGGCUCCUUCGGUAAAGUCCUGCAGCCACAGCUCCUCUCUCAGCCCCUCACUGGGAAGGGCUGACUGGCAAAAUGUGAGAAAUCAGCUUCCCGUUAAAAUUCUCCAUGCAGUUACCAAGCUGGAUCCUGAUUUGACUGCCUCCUCGGGAACUCUCCUUCCUCGUGAGCAUUAAGCAAUUCGCUACAUAUUGAAUUUAACUGUCUUGCCUUUUUUAGUGUUCGUUAGCAGACUUUUUUUGUGUGACUUCAAGUAUUUUAUUAGGAGUUCAUAUAAAAUCUUUGUAGACUGUUCCCUAAGUUUGGAUUUGCCUGGUUGUUUCCUUAUAAUUGGAUUCGGGUUAAACAUUUCUGGCAGGGACACCACAUGGGUGACACUGGGUUUCUCAGUGCAGCACAUCAGGGUACAUGUUGGUUUACUGGUGAUGUUGAGUCUGAUGGCCUGACGGUCCAGAUUUUCUUGCCACAGCGAGCUCGCUGAUGUGUGACAGGCACUAUGUCAGGCAUGGGAGGUUGGCGGGUAGAGAGAUGAAUGAGCCACAAGCCACAAUCUUUAACUUUAGGCAGAUUAAACAUAUGA